CGGUAGGCUAAUGAACAGUCCCCGCACUUCACAAAAGGCGUGAAAGCUCAUUAUGGUGAAUGUAACUCUGCUGUUUGUGGUGUGUGUGGUUUUGUGUGUGGUCAGGGUGGGCGCCAGACCCCCAGAAAACCUGCCUCUGGGACCGAUGGAGGCUGAUGACUCAAAAUCAGAGCUGACUAAAUCUCCUCAAGGAAACCUUCACACAGGUUCCAAGAAAAAGCUUAACCGUCUUCCAGGAGUGUGCAGACGUCUGAAGAGAAGGAGAAUAACAAUUCUGUGCAAUGUUGAAAAGUACUGCUCUGCUCUGAGAUACUCUCAGCAUGGCCAUGUCUGCCCCUGCCCUAAAACAUCAAGAUGCACACACUUCUACCUAAAGAGCUUCUAAUCUCCAGAAACGAAGACAAGAUGAAUAACAGUGACAGCCAUUUAAGAUGAAUAUAGACAUACAGUCUACACUAUUCAGCCAUUACAUUAAUACUAACCGCCUAAUAUUUUCUAAGCCCCUCUGCUGCAAAUGCAGCUCACUCAGUGAGGCAUGGACUCCAGUAGACCUUCUGAGGGUGUUCUGUGGUAUCUGGCACCAAGACCAAUGUUAGCAGCAGAUGAAAGUCCUGCGAGCUGUGGGGUGGAGCCGGCGUGAGCAUUAAUGAGCCUUGGGCACCCAUGACCAUGUGCUGAUUCACUGGUUUCCUUUCCCUGGACACUACAUAACCUGUGAACACCAGUGGCUCAACAGCUUAAUGAUUUCAGAACACUUUAAAUCAAGUCAAUGACUGGAAAUCCAUUUUUUUCUGAUUAAACAAAGUAUGUAAAAUAAAUAAAUAAAAAAUAUAUAAUAAAUAAGGAAUACU